AGCGAAAUAGUAACACUCUCGAUGUCAACCUUAUCCUACAUCCAGUCAUACAUGUUUGCGUCACAAAGAUAUUCAUCCUUCGGCAGUAGUUCAUUACGAGUGCUAUAAUAAACUACAUCAAAAGGAAGAACCACGAGAUUAAUAAAUCAAUAUUGGUUGAUCUUACGAUACCUGUCGUUGAUCGCGAAAAAUCGACACAGAUUUAUCUGCAAGAUAAAAUGAAGCUACUAUUACUACGAAACGCUAUCUGAUCGACGUAAUUUUGCCUUCUUUCUUCUGUUCGCUGACGCCGUAUUUUGUUAUCACAGUGCAAAUAAGUUACAUUGAGACUCUAGUUGUGUCGAUUACGGGAGAUACCUCCAACAUUCGCUUCUAUCAUCGCGAAAAUAACGAAAGAAAUAGAAGAAUAUUCUAGCGAAUAUGAACCGACAAUUUCUUCUAGAAAGAAGAUAAAAGACGAAGAUAAAGACCGUGAAUUUUUGCUAGAUGUUAACUUCAAUUUCGUAUUCUGUCGUCGACCAUAAACAUGAGAAUCUGCAAGUUGUUGUUCGUAAUUUUCCUGUGCUUCGUAUGGACGGAAUGUAAUACUCUAAAAGGACAAAUUUUAAGAUCGUGCAUUUCAGCGAAGACCUGUGAAAAUUGCCUGCAAGCCGGCCCUUCUUGUGCUUGGUGUAGUGAUUCGUCUUAUUCGAAUUCAACAAUUGGAAGGCCGCGAUGCAACUCACCGGAAAAAUUGAAACAAUUCGGUUGCCUACCACAGGAAAUUCGUACGAGUUCUCCAGGGACGAUAAAGUUUAUCAAGGAUUCGAAUUUUCAGGAUAUGGAACCGGAACGAAUACCGAUACAAUUGCGGCCGCAACGAAUAAAAGUGACGAUUCCACCUCAUUCCGAGAUAACAAUUCCCAUUCGUUAUCGGCUGGCCAAAAAUUAUCCACUAGACUUGUAUUAUCUAAUGGACUUAACAUGGUCGAUGAGGGACGACAAGGAAACUUUGAUCAGAUUAGGGUGGAAUAUGAGUCAAACGUUUGGCAGCAUCACCAAUAACUUUCGUCUAGGCUUCGGUAGCUACGCUGACAAACCUGUGAUGCCAUAUAUCUUCCCAGGGCAUGAGGAGAAUCCUUGCAAGAGCGAGCACACUGAAUGCUCUCCUAUUUAUUCUUAUUGGCAUCACUUAAAGUUAACUGGUGACAUUCAGCGAUUCAUUACAGAAGUAAAUAAUAGCCAGGUUACUGGAAAUGUUGACAACUUGGAAGGAGCGUUGGAUGGACUCGUGCAGGCGAUAGUUUGUACCAAUGAAAUUAAUUGGGCGCGUCAGGCACGAAAAAUUAUUUUAGUGGCCACCGAUGGACACUUACAUACCGCUGGCGAUGGAAAGUUAGGUGGUGCUGUAAAACGCCAGGACUUCAAAUGUCAUCUUGAUGAACGUGGACAAUACUCUUUAGCCGCACAAUUCGACUAUUCCUCGCUGGCAGAAUUGUCAAGACUAUUGCAGGAAUAUAAGAUCAAUGUAAUAUUCGCCGUGACGGAAGAGCGUCGUAAUGAAUACGAAGAGAUCGUCAAGUUGCUGAGAGAAAAAGCAACGGUCGCGACUUUGACCAGCGACAGCUCGAACAUUCUGGAUAUCAUUGAGAAUGCUUAUCAUCAGAUUACCUCGAAAUUGAUCUUACGCGACAAUUCUUCGAGUCCGCUGAUAAUGGAGUAUUUUUCCAACUGCGGCGAGGGAAACGUUUCGGAGUGGAACACUUUGGAAUGCGAUGACAUAAAGGAGGGACAGGUGUACGAUUUCAAGGUUGUACUGUCUUACAAAGAAUGUCCAAGGGAUAAAGACCUAUGGAGACAAAGGGUUGUGAUCGAGGAUGAACUGGCUUCUCAACUGUCAAAUAUAAUAAUCGAUGUUGAGCUUCUGUGUGGUUGUAAUUGCAAAGAUACCGAAAGUUCUUAUUGUCAGCACGGAACGUAUGAAUGUGGUUUAUGCAAAUGCGACUCUGGUUGGUCCGGUGAAACAUGUGACUGUGAUGAAAGUUCACUGUCAAAUAACGUGCAGCAGUGUAUCCGAGACAACUCAACGAGAAUUUGUUCCGAGAGAGGUGACUGUGUUUGCGGAAAGUGUUUCUGCGAUGAUGGAUACAAAGGAGAAUUUUGUGAAUGCUCUGCGUGUGACAAGAUGGAUGGAAUUGAAUGCUCGAAUAAAGGUACUUGCAAUUGUGGUGUUUGCCAAUGUAUAGAAGGAUGGGAAGGGAACGCUUGUCAGUGUCCAUCAACCAAUGAACUCUGUAUCGCACCAGGAAGUCAAGAAAUUUGCGCUGGUCACGGAUACUGCGACUGUGGAGAGUGUCGAUGCAACGUUACCGCAGCAGACGGCUUCUAUUAUCGAGGUACUUAUUGCGAAUCAACGAUAAGCACUGGUGGCAGUGGCCUGUGCGUUCUUUAUGAUCGUUGCGUAAACGCCACUGUCGAGGAUCCGAAAAAGGCAAACGAAUUUUGUCAAACGAAUAUUAUCACUUACAACAUUGAGAGAGUGGAAUCCGUUGACAUAGGAAACGGACACCAUUGUAUCGUAAAAACAGUAAUGGAGAGAACGACCUGUAUCAUACAUUAUAUAUACGAGUUUCAGAAAAACAAUGUUGUCACCUUAAAAGUUGGUAACAAGCAAUGUCACACUCUGGUACACGGAGCGGUCAUCCCAUCUGCAAUCAUCAUCGGAACAGUAUGCUUCGGACUCGCUUCUCUACUAAUUUGGAAGUGUUGGGCAUCCAUAAAAGACAAGAGGGAAUAUGAGAAGUUCAUGAAGGAGCAACAGAAAACUGUGUUUAGCUUAAACCAAAAUCCUCUGUUUAAAUCGCCUAUAAGCCGAUACUCAGUUCCUUCGAUGUACAAAGAUGACUGAGAAAUCAAAUAUCUUCGAUUAAAAAUGGUUUCCAGCGGAAAACGUGAUGGACUGCAACAUAUGAAAUUUUUUAAUUCAAAUCCGAAUCUUUUAUAAUAAUUUUUGAAUUCGACAUUUUUUUCAAUCUUUUAUGAUAGAGAAUCGGGCAACCACAUGGAAAAGAUGAAAAAUGCAUUUUUGUCAAUUUUUUGACGUCAUAUACUUACAGGUAAAUCAUUGUAAGGUAGUUAGAAGAGGAAUAAGUUCUUAGGCACAAAAAUAUAAGCUUCUUAAAAGUAAAAGUA